GCCGCUCCUUGACCUUGUACUUCUCGUCAUGUCAUAUACUCUGGCCGGUGGACGACUGGAUGCAUCGGAGGCGGGACUCGGGGGUAAUGGCCUCGAAGCGCUACAAUGUCAACUAUGCUUCAUCAAUCUCGACAAGUUCACUAUCAAGCAGCGCGAGGAGCACUACGACAAUCACUUCAAAGACGAAGGACCAUCCGGAGCUGCUGCACAGAUACCCAAGAACAACUUCAAGCGCAACAGGACAACGUCGAGCUCGUCAUGGAAGGGGAAGGGCAAAGGUGCCCUUGAUUCCAUGAAUUGGAAGACUCGCGAUUCGGGGUUCUGGCAUCCAGGUCUCCCUACACCUCCCCCAUCAUGCUUCACUCCAGGCGUUAUCCCCCUCCUAAAGCGUGCCCUGCGUCGCUCAUUUGAUCGCGGGAAGACACAGCACGCCGUUAUAUGCCAUCAUCGCGCUAUCCACAUCUCCAACGAGAUGUUCGACCGAACCUGGGGCUGCGGUUAUCGCAACUUUCUCAUGGCAUGCGCCAUUCUUAUGGUUCAGAAUAAGCAGCCAGCAUACGCGGACCUGCUACAACGACCUCUCGUGCCUCCAAGUGUUCGCAAUCUGCAGCGAUGGAUCGAGGAGGCCUGGGCAGUGGGCUUCGACCGAGAAGGCGCACAACAACUCAAGAAGCUCGUUGGGACCGGCAAAUGGAUUGGCACCGCAGACCUAUGGGUUGCUUUUGCAUGUAGAGGCAUACCAGCGGAGCUCGUCGACUUCGACCUGAAGAAUCAGCCCAAUGCCGACCCCGUCAUCCAGUGGAUCAUGCAGUACUUCGACCCGCCAAAUAGCCCUAGACCAGCAGCUACCGACGUCAACACCGCAUUGAUGAACUCUUCGCCCAUCGUCUCAACAGACAGGAUGCCCAUCAUCUUGCAGUACAAUGGGCAUUCGCAGACGAUCGUCGGGUAUGAGCAGAUGAGAGAUGGGAGGGUGAACUUGUUGACGUUGGAUCCUGGACGCACACCCACCAAGCACCUCAGACAAGCUGCGCUAGCGGAUGCUGGUUUCGCGCAGUCCGCCGCAGUAUCGCCGUUAUCCUCGAGGGAUCAGGGUGGUCAGAGGGAAGCGGAGACCUCACAAGGUCCUCCAGGUGGCCAACAAGGACCUCCACGCAAUCAGCAUGGGCCUUCGCACAGUCCAGAGGCGGAUCCUACCGGCUCGCAAGAUCGCCACCCUCACGCGCACAAGAUCAAAGACUUCAUUCAGCACGGAUCGUUGCGAAAGCACGGCAAACGGCGCGCGCCCGAGUCGCCGCCGAACCAGAGGGCGACGCAGAGGCAUGCGGGUCAUGUAAAUGGGGACAAGGCGCCUACUGGCAAUGCGGCAACCCCCAAAGGCCCAACAUCGACCCGCGCCAACGCCCUGGCACCACGCGGGGGUGCCUCUGCACCGAAGCCGGAUCUGGACUGGGGUCAGACGAUGCGGUUCUUCAGGAAGGACGGGAAGCAGUUGAACAAGAAGGACUCGUAUCAAAUCCUGUACUUCCCGCUGACGCCACCGUUGACCGAGGCGGAGAAAAUGCAGCGGCGAGUGGUGUAUAGUACGAGGAUCUGCUGAUGCUAUAGGUCACCGAGGAUGAGGAUGAGCACGACACACUUUGGUCCAGAUGGACACUUUAUGCGACCUACUUUUUGGAGUUUGCGCGUCGGACUGCUUUACGAUACAGUACAUCUAUGCAAUCAUCUUGUACUGCUAGCUAUCAUACUCUUCUACUCACGUAAUCUACAAUCUUGGACGAUUGACGCCCACUACUGAAGUUAACGAGCGACAACCUGCAGCAAUGGAGAAUUGGAGGUCGCUUUGCCAAAAGGACGCCCGUGUGGUGUGCU